UCUUAUAAUAAACCACAAACUCAAAACACAGACACACACAAAAAAAAUCUGAAUGGAGCAGCAACAACAUUUGAACUUCACAACCAAACCUGACGUGGCAGUAAAAACCCUAACAACAAAGAAUCCCGCCGCCCAAUCUGGCCGUGGCGGAACCAGACAUCCGGUUUUCCACGGCGUCAGGAAAAGGCGGUGGGGAAAAUGGGUGUCAGAGAUUAGAGAGCCAAGAAAAAAGUCAAGAAUAUGGCUAGGGUCUUUUCCGGCGCCGGAGAUGGCUGCAAAGGCUUAUGAUGUUGCUGCAUAUUGUUUGAAAGGUUGUAAAGCACAGCUGAAUUUUCCUGAUGAAGUGCACCGUCUGCCGGUGCUUCCUCCGCCGUCUUUGUGUACUGCUAGGGAUAUUCAAGCUGCGGCGGCUAAAGCAGCUCGUAUGAUGGUUAAGGCUGUUGCUUCGCCGGAGGAUAGUAGCAAUGAUUCUGGUGGUAGUGGUGGUGGUGAUGAUUUUUGGGGUGAGAUUGAGUUGCCGGAGCUUGUUAAUGGAACGUGGUGGAGUUACUCUGUUGCGGUGGUGCCGGAGAUUGAACUUCCGUAGCAGCAAUUCUUCACUGCAUGGUUUUAGUGUGUAUUAAUUAUUGCUUAACUUUUUUUGUUGCUUAAUUAUUGCUUAAUUAAGCUAUCUUCUAUAUAUAAGAAUAAUAACUAUUUAUGUUUUUCUGACGAGAAUAAUUGUAGUUGUAAAUUGUAAUUAUGAUUAAUAUUGGUCCUUUCCUUCAAAAAA